AUUCUGACAGCAGUGACAUUUUAGAGAAAGAAAUGCCAGGGCACACAUCAAAGAGAUCAACAUCCGAUACCGGGCCUUGCUGGCAGCAUUCAAGCGCUAACGUUCCAUUUCUGUUUUCCUUCUACUGCAGAUAUUUUUUUGAGAUUGGUUAGUAUCUCUUUAUCAUCGGAUCCACCUGGGCUUUGCUUGUUAAUAACUCCCCCAUCAUUAUGAGGACCACGUCAGGGUUAUUUAAAUACUUGAAACGAGGAACGAUUAAACCCUUUGCUGAAACAUUAGUCCAGUGGAAGAUAUAGGGUUACUUCCCCAGUAACAUACUCUGCUACACAGUCAGGUGAAGAUUGUCUCUGUAGAGGCUUCCGGAUGUGGUUGUAGUAAACAUGGGCCGUGGAAGCAGGUGCUGAGGGAGGACAGGAGAUGGACUUGAAAUCUUGAAAUGAUGCGAUUGGAAGAGCUGACCUUGGAGCAGAGCAUUGCCCAGUGGAAGAUGUCAACAACCCCUGCUGUUGCCCAGAGACCUUGGGGAUGACCUGCACCCACUAGCAUGCCUGGAUGGUUCAAGAAGACAUGGUACGGGCUGGCAUCUGUACUCAGCUUCUCCUCCUUUGUCCUCAUCAUCAUCGCCCUGGCAGUGCCCCACUGGCUGAGUGGGAAAAUCCUUUGUCAGACUGGAGUGGAUCUGGUCAAUGCUACAGACCUGGAGCUGGUCAAAUUCAUUGGCGACAUCUACUACGGGCUCUUCCGAGGGUGUAAGGUUCGGCAGUGCGGGCUCGGGGGCCGCCAGUCCCAGUACACAAUCUUCCCGCACCUGGUGAGGGAGCUCAACGCAGGCCUGCACGUGACCAUUCUGAUGCUCCUCUUCCUGGCCCUGGCCUUGGCUCUGGUCAGCAUGGGCUUUGCCAUUCUCAACAUGGUCCAGGUCCCAUACCGGGCAGUCAACGGUCCUGGAGGCAUCUGCCUGUGGAAUGUCCUAGCAGGUGGAGUCGUGGCGUUGGCCAUCGCCAGCUUCAUGGCCGCUGUGAGGUUUCACGACCUGACCGAGCGCAUCGCCAACUUCCAGGAGAAGCUCUUCCGGUUCGUCGUGGUGGAAGAACAGUUCGAAGAGUCGUUUUGGAUCUGCGUGGCCAGCGCCUCAGCCCACGCGGCGAACUUGGUGGUGGUGGCGAUCAGUCAAAUUCCCCUCCCUGAGAUCAAGACCAAAAUCGAACAGGCCACGGUCACGGCUGAGGACAUCCUGUAUUAGGCGUCCUCUCCUUUUCACACGCCUUCCUAAAUCAGUUCUGUAGUGUGAAUGGGGGCCUCUUUUUAUUUAUUUAUUAAUUUAUUUUGUUUGCAGCCUUCCCACUCCAUCAGGGCCCUGUUCUUGACAGUGAGAACAGUGUGGAAUGACCAGGGCUGGUGCCUGGGCCCAAAAAGGAAUUCUUUCCCCAAUCUCGUGCAUUCCGGCACUCCUCUCUCAUGACCUCGGAGUUAGACUUGGAGUUGAGAUCUGCAUCU